GAGCGGGGAGGGCCCGUCUGUGCCUUCGCAUCGCCCCCGGCGGCGCGGGCUCGGACGCUGAAGCGACGCUUCCUUCCCCGGGAAGCCGUGCGCCUCCGCCCGGGACAGCGGAAGGGAAGGCCCUUUGGCACGGCAUGGGCACGGCCGGAGAGCCGGAGAUGGGACCCGGGCAGGGACACUCGCUGCUGGGAGGAGUCUGAGCCUCGCCCGCGAGUUCUUGGGCUCCCGGUUGCUGGCUAUUUCCUGCUCUCACAGUCUUAUUCUUCUCUUUAGGCCAGCAUGGUGCAUUCACUGAUUGAAGCGUAUUGCUUACUUGACCAGAUGAAGAUAGUCAAGCCAAAAGUGGCGUCCAUGGAGGAAAUGGCAAGUUUCCACACAGAUGCUUACCUGCAGCACCUGCAGAAGGUCAGUGAGGAGGGGGAUGAUGACCACCCGGAGUCUGUGGAGUAUGGACUGGGUUACGACUGUCCAGCCACUGAAGGGAUCUUUGAGUAUGCAGCAGCCGUGGGAGGAGCCACCAUCACUGCAGCCCAGUGCCUGCUGGAUGGCAAGUGCAAGGUAGCAAUUAACUGGCCUGGAGGGUGGCAUCAUGCAAAGAAACAUUGUUUUCACAGGGAUGAAGCUUCUGGCUUCUGUUACCUGAAUGACGCUGUCUUGGGGAUCCUGCGGCUGCGCCAGAAAUUUGACCGUGUUCUUUAUAUUGAUUUGGAUUUGCAUCAUGGGGAUGGAGUUGAGGAUGCCUUUAGUUUCACCUCGAAAGUCAUGACUGUUUCUCUGCACAAAUUUUCACCAGGAUUUUUCCCAGGCACUGGUGAUGUGACAGAUGUUGGCCUGGGAAAAGGUCGCUAUUACAGCGUGAAUGUACCCAUUCAAGAUGGCAUUCGGGAUGAAAAAUAUUACCAGAUCUGUGAAUCAGUGCUGGAGGAGGUGUAUGCUGCCUUCAACCCCGAUGCCGUUGUGCUGCAGCUGGGGGCAGACACCAUUGCUGGAGACCCCAUGUGCUCUUUCAACAUGACACCCGAGGGAGUGGGCAAGUGCCUCAAGUAUGUCCUUCAGUGGCAGCUGGCAACUCUUGUCCUGGGAGGAGGAGGUUACAACCUUGCCAACACGGCCCGCUGCUGGACAUACUUGACUGGGGUCAUCCUUGGGAGAACACUGUCCUCUGAGAUCCCUGAUCAUGAGUUCUUUACAGAGUAUGGUCCUGAUUAUGUGCUGGAGAUCACGCCAAGCUGCAGACCAGACCGCAAUGAGACACAGAGAAUUAAAGAAAUUCUGAACUCUAUCAAAGGGAAUCUGAAGCACGUUGUUUAGCAGAAAAGGAAGGCUCAGGCAAGAGCAUUUCCUGUGGAGAAGACAGUAUAUUUAUGUGAACAACUGGUGAAAUUUGUGGCUGCAGGGAAACUUUCAAAGAAAGUACUGUUGAUUGGUUGGUUGGUUGGUUUUUUUUCCUCUUUAAAGAAGAAAAGCUGCUGCAUGCCACAAGCACCAUAUCUCUCCCCAGGCAGGAGUGUGGGCCCUCCAGCCACAGCCUUCCAGUGCUGGCCCUCCAGCUACAGCCUUCCAGUGCUGGCAGAGCCUCCCCUGCUCCUUUCUCUUUCCUUUUUUAACAACAUAGUUUGUUCUCACAACUGCUUUUAAAUGUAUUUUAAGAGAGGGGCUGCUCAGAGCUGUGAGUCCUCCCCAGCUGGAUCCCAGUGCUGUGUUACCUGCCUGGCAGGGCCACAGCCUCAGAGAGCUGCCCACUCGUGAAGUACAGCCUGAGGACUACCCUGGGGCACCACAGGUUGUGUCUCUUACCCACAAAAAGGCCACAGCCAUUGUGUUUUUAACUGAGAAUUUUUA